GUAGUCAACACACACAAUCGACACAUUCAUACACACACACACCGUUUGAACAAAAAAAAAUGUACAUAGAGCAAAACUGAAAAAAAAUAAUAAUCAAACGGAGAUAAAAUCAUAUCUAGUACUAGUAUCUAGCUGAUCAAAGAGUUCGCUGCCGCGCACCGUGCAUCAGAUCCAUAGAUCUGUGGAACAGAUCCUGUGUCAGCACACCACUGCACCAGACUCAGACUCCUUUCGAUCGCACAGACAGAGCGCAAAAUUCGUAGGUUCAAAGUUCAAGGCACACAGAGGACCGAGAGUGGGACCCCCGAAUCCGAGGGUCAACCGGGCCAAAAGGCCAAAAGGCAGCCAACUGCAGCGAGUGCACCAGGUCCAGGCCACGUCGACAGCUGGUUCCAGCCCGAUUUCUUUUCCACUUUUGAUAGUUUUGUACACAGCAGGUUCAGUAUGGUCAUCAAUCUGAAUCCGGCCAGCUCCGGCGGCCCGAUCGGCAACCUCUUCAGCGGAAACGGAGGCGGAAACGGAAACGGAGGUGGAAACGGUAGCGGAAACGGUAGCGGAAACGGAAACGGAGGGGGAAACGGAAACGGAGGCGGAAACGGAAACGGCAGCGCAAACGGAAGCGGAAGCGGCGGCGGCACCACCAGCAACCUGAUGGGCAUCAUCAGUCACUCGGUUUUCGACGGGAUCGUCUAUCUGCAUGUGGUGUGCGCCGGCGACUCGAGCGCCAAGUGGAUCACCCUGGACGAGGCGAUGGCCUACUGCCCCACCGGCGUGGUGGCCUACACCAAACUGCAGAUCGCCGAGAUUUAUGGCGUGCCAAUGGACGUGCUCUUCCAGUGACGAGUGACCUGCAUCCUGGAUCCUGAAUCCUAAAUCCUGGCCAGGACACUUCUCACCUGGCAGACGGGCUAGACUCUAUAAGCAGCUCUGUUUUGAUUGAACGGAAUCGCUGGCAAUCGGCAUUUGAACUUUGGCACUGUUUGGCAAAAUCAAUCAAUUCUGCAUUCGGCAAUCGGUUAGAUCGUAGAAAUUUCUACAUACCGUCGAUCUAUUUUCUUGCAGUCAUCUCCUCGAUCUACAAGAAAACCCAAAUUUAAAGUUCGGGCGUUAUGCGAUUUUCCCCAAAAAAAAAAACAGCUAUUGUUACAGAAAGUAUAGAGAAUACCAACCGAGGAGACAUAUCCAAAAGAUGUAUUAAUGUUCGGUUCGAUAAAAACUGGUUGAACUUUUUUGACUGGAGGACAUCUACUUUUGGCAUGGCUCAAGGAUAAUUCGUAAAUUUCGCUCAUCAGAAAUGUAUCACAAGCUCAAAAUAUUUCAUAAAAAUCUCAAAUAAUGAUUUUUAAAA